GUAAAGGGCAAUGGCGAUCUUGUGGCAAUUCAGACCGGCCCGAGGACAGAGAGUAAGAAGACCGAGGUGACCGUCCUCAGUGCCGCCUCAAAGUAUCAGAGGAUCUCUCUGAAGACGAAGACUCCCUUGAGCCUGACACUUCCUAUACACAUCAGAUUCCUGGUCAAUUGGCGAGGCGACCUUGUCUGCGUGUAUCGCGGAGCUGGAACGGGCAGUGGCAGGACGGAAGUACACGUGGUGAGUGCCCGAUCGCGGUACCGACGAUGGGUUCUACACACGGCCACCGCUCUGCACUACACGAACUCCGACAGGUGGGAGUUUGGCCUGCGAGGUAAUGGAGAUAUUGUCGGCAUUCUCCGCAAGGAGCCGACGGGCACCAAGAUGACGGAAGUCCACAUAUUGAGUGCCAGGAACCGCUACAGGAGCUUCGCACUUCAUGCGGGCACCGCCCACCCCUAUGCACCUCAUGGUGUGCAAUUCGCCGUAGCCGACUCCGGUGAUGUCCUGGCUGUGCACGAAGGGCCCGGUAUCGGGCUGGGUAACGGGCGGCCAGAGCGCGUCUACAUUAUGACCCUGGCCUCCCACUACAAGGAGUUUGCGAUUGGAACGCCCAAGUUCGGGGCGACCGCGUCCUCUUCCUGCACCUCUGGUGGUUGCGACCCGCCCCAGACGCCGGACCUGGCCUUCGAUGGCAACAUGAAGAAAUUCUGGAACGGCUGCUGCAGAGGUUAUCCCAACCAGUGGCUGCAGUACAAGUUCGACUCGCCGACUCGGAUCACCGGCUACGGCCUCACCACCGGGAGCGGCGAGUGUCCGUCAGCCUGGGUCUUCGAAGGAAGCUACGACGGAAGCACCUUCACCAGGCUUGACCAGCAUUCGGGCCGCGGGUGCUCAAACUACCGUGAGCAGGUCUACCGUCUCCAGAACCCCAGUCUGCAGCGCAUCUUCCGCUGGCGCUUUUCUGCCGGCGUGGGUGGCAACUCCAAUGGCAUGGUUCUGCGGGAGGUCCGCUUCUUCACGAACGAGAAGGAUGCCAAGGGUGCCACAGACUGCUACGCACAGCGAACCCUCGUGGCUGAUGAAGGUCCUGGAGUUGGCAACACCUUGCAUAUGGCAAGCUUCGAAGCCUGCCAGGAGGAAUGCUCCAGCAUAGGCAGCUGCAACAGCUUUGCCUAUUGCCAGGGCGAGCGUGGCAAGUUCAACUGCCACUAUAAGAGCAAGAUUAUCGGUGCCCACGAUGCCGCCACCACAAACCAGCGCUUGCUGAAAGGCUGCAAGAGCUUUUACAAGACUGAGUGCAAGGACACGAAAGAAGACUCGGGCGACGCAAAGGAAACUAAAGCUUGCUACAAGGAGCGGACGCUUGUUGCCGACGAGGGCGAGCCUCUGGGCCAUCUCGACGGCAAUCCUUCGUUGGCAAAGUGCGAGGAGCAGUGCGCCAGCAUCCUGGGAUGCAACAGCUUCGCCUUGUGCCAGCCCAAUAGUCCGACUUGCUACUUCAAGAAGAAGAUCAUCUCAGAGAAGGAUCCAGCCGCCAAGCAUCAGGCUGCCAAGAUGUGCAAGACAUACUACAAGGUGGACUGCAAGGAGGAAAAGAAGCAAGAAGAAGAAUGCUACGGAGAGCGUACGCUGGUGGCCAACGAAGGUCCAGGUGUGGGAGACCGAAUCGGCGUCGACUCCAUUGAAAGCUGUGAGGACGAGUGCUCCAAAAUCAAGGGCUGUGAAAGCAUUGCCGUGUGCAUCAGCCCGGGUCAUACGCAAAACUGCCACUACAAGUCCAAAAAGGUCACUCUCGAUGAAGCGGCGACCUCGCAUCCGAAGAAACUCAAAGAAUGCAAGACGCUCUACAAGACCAAGUGCAAGGGCGGCGAGAAGAUCAUCCGAUUCGACAACAGCGGGUGUGCGACGGACAAGCA